UUGUAAUUUAACUCUUGGCCACGUCCACCGGCCACGUCGCCCCGUGUUCGCCAUAUUUCUCGGAGGAAUGCCCUGGAAAAGUGUUGGAAAUCGGUUCAAGCAAAUUUCGGCCGUCUCGUAUUCGCAUUAGCGGAGAAAGCAUCGUCUCGAUUUGCGUUCAAAUAGGAACAUUUAAUAGACACCAUGAAUAUCUUUAGGCUGGCCGGAGAUCUGUCUCAUUUAGCGGCAAUCAUCAUUCUGCUGCUCAAAAUAUGGAAAACCCGUUCGUGCGCAGGGAUCUCUGGAAAAAGCCAGAUACUCUUUGCUUUGGUUUUCACGACACGUUAUCUGGACCUGCUCACCUCCUUUAUUUCUCUCUACAACACAAGCAUGAAGAUCAUCUAUGUUGGAUGUGCUUAUGCCACUGUGUACCUGAUGUAUAUGAAAUUCAAGGCUACAUACGACGGAAACCAUGACACCUUUAGAGUGGAGUUUCUAAUAGUUCCUGUAGGAGGCCUGGCCUUUUUGGUCAAUCAUGACUUCUCUCCAUUGGAGAUCCUGUGGACCUUCUCCAUCUACCUUGAGUCAGUGGCCAUCUUGCCUCAGCUCUUCCUGAUCAGUAAGACUGGUGAAGCUGAGACCAUCACCACUCACUAUUUGUUCUGCCUGGGUGUCUACCGUGCCCUGUAUCUCUUCAACUGGAUCUGGAGGUUCUACUUUGAAGGCUUCUUUGACAUGAUCGCUAUUGUGGCUGGGGUGGUUCAGACCAUCUUGUAUUGUGACUUCUUCUACCUUUAUGUCACAAAAGUGCUGAAAGGAAAGAAGCUGAGCUUGCCAGCAUAAGUGCCAAAGAACAGAAGACCUGUGUCACCAUUCAGACUCAUAUGGGGGGCACGGGCCAGUAAAGCCACAGCAAGAGGCCGAAGACAGAAAGAGCAUGUGAAACUGCUGCUGUUUGAGAAAUGUUAUCCGGAUGGGGAAAAAACAACGACAGCACAAUGACUGCAAAGAGGACUUCUCUUGGAUUUGGCAACAGGAAUUUUUGUUUUCAGCAUCUUGCAAUACCUUUUUAGUGCUGUAAGAAAAGGAAAAAAAAAAAGAAAAAAAAAAGAGUAAACAUACUUUUCUAUGUGAGGUGUUCCAAAAGCUUAAACUUUAAAAUGAUAAAGAUUGGCCAGAUUAAACAGAACCUUUAACUCA